GCUUAUAGCAUGUGUGAGCCUCUGUGUGUGUGUGCUUUCGAACAGUUUAAAGUACGCAUUGCGAUGCCUUUUGGCUUCAGUUUAGCUAGAGACAUCGUCGUGUUUUGAACGGCUGACACAGUUUCGGAGUUCAGCGGAUCGAGCGGACUACGCCACACUAGUAUUCAAUUCAGUGCGCAAAAAAAGCCAAAAAGGAAACCAGAACGACUUUUAAAAUAGGCAAGAUUAAAGGAGGCAGACCAUACAUCUUUAAAGGGAAACCCCAUACCCUUUCUGUCUUUAAGCCAGUUCUUUCAAACAAAAACACACAUACACAUACCCUGGCAUGCAUAUGGCAUAACAUGGCCAAUAAAGGAUAUUCAUUAGUCAGAUUCUGUGUGUGAUAAAGUGCAGUUUUGGUGCAAAAAUCAAGUAUUCAAUGCAAGCAGCCUGCAAUUUAUUUACAGCUUGGAAAAUUGGAAAAUCGGAGAGUUGGAGAAGUUUUAAACAUUAAACAUAAACAGAGUCAUGUAGUGAGCGACCGAGGGCAGCAUUUUAAGCGCACAAAAAGUUCAAACACAUCCGCAGACGGAGAAGGAAAGCCGAGCAGCCGGAUUGGGCGCUGCAGAAGUGCAACAGCGCAGGAAUCCGAAGCGAAUAGGGGACGCCGUCUAAAAACCAUUUCAAACUCUAAGCCAAGUCCAAUAAAUCCGAAACCAGAUUCGAGUGGCGAGCACCGAGCAACCAGUACCCAGUUUUCAGUUUCCAGUAUCCAGUUCCCAGAUUCCGGAUUCUAAAGCUGCUGCGGCGGGAGAAUGUGUAGUGCAACCCACGGGCGGCAGCUUCAAGUGGCAAUUGUGGCAGCAGCGGCGAACUCAACCGGAUAAUAAGUUGUGGAUGCGGCUUGCAGCGCCGGGCAGGCAUCCCGAAUCCGCCAGACACACCAGUUCCGUACCGAGAUACCCAGCGAGCAGAAAUCGCGAAUCGCGAACAGCCAGAGAACCAGAGACAAGUGGUCAGUGCCAGUGACGUCAGGCCAAAGUAGGCCACCACCCAUCGCUACCGCUUUAGCCAGCCAUCGCCGCCCUGCGCAUCCGCGUCAUGGCCACCUCCAGUCGGCAGAGCAGAGUCCUGCCCAUGUCCUUGCCCCUACCCCUGGCCAUCCCGCUGCCCCUAGUACUGGUGCUAUCGCUGCACCUGUCUGGCGUCUGCGGCGUCAUGGAUCGCCUGGUGGUGCAGACGUCCUCCGGACCAGUGCGCGGUCGCUCCGUGACGGUGCAGGGCAGGGAGGUGCAUGUCUACACGGGCAUCCCCUACGCCAAGCCGCCCGUCGACGACCUGCGCUUCCGGAAGCCGGUUCCCGCGGAGCCCUGGCACGGCGUCCUCGAUGCCACACGCUUAUCCGCCACCUGCGUCCAGGAACGUUACGAGUACUUCCCCGGCUUCUCCGGCGAGGAGAUCUGGAACCCCAACACCAACGUGUCCGAGGACUGCCUCUACAUAAAUGUCUGGGCGCCGGCAAAGGCUCGUCUUCGUCAUGGGCGGGGUGCCAACGGUGGUGAGCACGCCAAUGGCAAGCAGGCGGACACCGACCAUCUCAUCCACAACGGAAAUCCGCAGAACACGACCAACGGACUGCCGAUUCUGAUCUGGAUCUAUGGCGGUGGCUUCAUGACCGGAUCGGCCACCCUGGACAUCUACAAUGCGGACAUCAUGGCCGCCGUGGGCAAUGUGAUAGUGGCCUCCUUCCAGUAUCGAGUGGGCGCCUUUGGGUUCCUGCACCUGGCGCCGGAAAUGCCGUCAGAGUUCGCGGAAGAGGCGCCUGGCAAUGUCGGCCUAUGGGAUCAGGCACUCGCCAUUCGCUGGCUAAAGGACAACGCCCAUGCCUUCGGCGGAAAUCCGGAAUGGAUGACCCUGUUCGGGGAAUCGGCUGGAUCCAGUUCGGUAAAUGCCCAACUCAUGUCGCCGGUGACCAGGGGUCUGGUCAAGCGGGGCAUGAUGCAGUCGGGCACCAUGAACGCUCCCUGGAGCCACAUGACCUCCGAGAAGGCCGUGGAGAUCGGCAAGGCGCUGAUCAACGACUGUAACUGCAAUGCAUCCAUGCUGAAGACCAAUCCCGCUCACGUGAUGAGCUGCAUGCGUUCCGUGGACGCCAAGACCAUAUCGGUGCAGCAGUGGAACUCCUACUCGGGCAUACUCAGCUUCCCCUCGGCGCCCACCAUUGACGGAGCGUUCCUGCCGGCGGAUCCCAUGACGCUGAUGAAGACGGCGGAUCUGAAGGACUACGACAUCCUGAUGGGAAAUGUCAGGGAUGAGGGCACCUACUUCUUGCUGUACGAUUUCAUCGAUUACUUCGAUAAGGACGAUGCUACGGCCCUGCCACGGGACAAAUACCUGGAAAUUAUGAACAACAUUUUCGGCAAGGCAACGCAAGCGGAACGCGAGGCCAUCAUUUUCCAGUAUACCAGCUGGGAGGGUAAUCCGGGCUAUCAGAACCAGCAGCAAAUCGGACGCGCCGUGGGCGAUCACUUCUUCACCUGCCCCACCAACGAGUAUGCCCAGGCUCUGGCGGAGCGAGGCGCCUCCGUACACUACUACUACUUCACACACCGCACAAGCACCUCGUUGUGGGGCGAAUGGAUGGGCGUGCUGCACGGCGAUGAGAUCGAGUACUUCUUUGGCCAGCCGCUGAACAACUCCCUGCAGUAUCGACCUGUGGAGCGUGAGCUGGGCAAGCGUAUGCUCAGUGCGGUCAUCGAGUUUGCUAAGACGGGAAAUCCCGCUCAGGAUGGCGAAGAAUGGCCCAACUUCUCCAAGGAGGAUCCCGUCUAUUAUAUUUUCAGCACCGACGAUAAGAUCGAGAAAUUGGCCAGAGGUCCUUUGGCGGCUCGCUGCUCGUUCUGGAACGAUUACUUGCCAAAAGUCAGGAGUUGGGCAGGUACUUGCGAUGGCGAUUCGGGAAGUGCUUCCAUAUCCCCUAGGCUCCAGCUCCUUGGAAUCGCUGCUCUGAUCUACAUCUGCGCCGCAUUGCGAACCAAAAGGGUUUUCUAAAAGAAACCCACUCCCGGAAAAUACCACACACACACACACACUAGAACACACCCACACUGCAUCACAGCCACAACCACACUUAAAGUUAGAACACGUUAAUAAUAAAAUUUAGCAGAGGGAUACCAAAUUUUUAGUAGGCGCAGACAUUUGUGUAGGAGCAGGUGAUUUGUUUACAGAACUUAGUAGGAUCGGUUGGAGCAAUUCGAUGGCGAUUGCUGAACAUUUGUAAAUUGAACUUAGAGCUCUACGCACCCUUAGGCAGUCAGAUGGCCACCAGGAUGGCGGACAUCCUGGCCAGACUCUAGAGACCACUGUAGCCAUAUGCCACAUGCCACAUGCCACGCGCCAUAGGCCAGGCCCAAACCAAAUUGUUUUUUGUGGAGCACAAUGCUAAAUCGCUUAAUUUGAAAAAUUGGCCAAGGGAUAGGCGGAAUUUUUGAUAAAUAUUAAUGCAGAUAGAACUAAAAUGUUUGUCAUUUAGCCUUUGGGGCAGCCAAAAAGAAACAAAGUUUACAGAUACUCGUUUACCGAACGGAAAACUCGCUCAGAUGACAGACACUUUUUUGCCAUGCCCACAUUCUUGAGCGAUAUUUGAGCGCAUUUAAUGGCACAAUUUUAGCAUUCAGUUCAAAACCGAAAAAAGUCCUUGUUGCCUGAAGAUAGUUGGCCAAAUUGCAUUGGUUUCAUACUUAGGUUGAAGGUUCGUUUGAUUUCGAUUCACAUUCCCAAGGAAAACUACACACGAAAAUUUUAACCACACGAGAUUCUUAUGAGAAAACCCAAAUGGAAAUUUUCGGAAAAUCAACAAUUGUAUUGUACAAAAAUUGGCAUUGGUUUAUUACAAGAAGAAAAAUAAAAGUUAAAACCAAAAAAAAAAAAAAACAAAACAAAAAAAAACGCGGAUUAGUAGCCCCAAAUCAAGCACUACCCAAGACAAAUUUUUUCGAAACGAACAAAGCGAAACAAAUUGUAAUAAGGAAUCGAUCGAAAAUGAGGUUUAAGCAUAGUACGGGGCAAGGCGAAGAUGAUAUUUAUAAUGCAAAACAUAUCAGUAUAUUAUUGUAUUUGUACUAAACGUUUUACAAAUUGGCCUAGUGAGAAAAUUGGACGGAGGAAAAUGAAAUGAUUUAAUACUAAAUAAUGGUAAUUAGAAAUUUUAUACACAUAGCGAAAUUGGAUCAAUGAUUAACACAAAACGUAUUGUAUGAUGAGUAACGUAUAUGUACUUGGUAUGUCUAUAUCUAUAAAUAAAUAUUGUUCAAAACGUAAAUCCAGAAAAUGAAAGAUCAUUGUCAACCCUAGAGUUCAGUGUGUGUCGCAGACUAAAUGAGAGCUGAUAAGUAAAAGUAAAAUUAAACGUAAUCGUAAUUGUAACCCGUAAUUGUAACCGUACUCUGUAAUCUUAUUAAAGGCAUAUCAAUAUGUAUUAACUAUGGAAA